UCCCUCAUCUCUUCUCCGUUACGCCGACCUCUCUGUCUCUCUCUCUCUCUCCUCUCUCCUCUCUCUCUUCUCUCUCCCAACCAUCUUCUUUCGUUGUGAGACGUGACUAUUUCUCUCGCACUGCCCUCGUUGGGUUUUAUCCGUCUCGCCUCUCUCCUUUUCCCGUCACACUCUUACCGUCUCCUUUUACGAGUCUAUGUGUAUGUCUGCAUCAUCGCCUCAACACCGCUCUCUCCGAAACCCUCCUUUUCUUCGUCUUCCUCUUCCUCUUCCUCUUCCUCUUCCUCUUCCUCUCUCCCGUCGUCGCCCUAAUCGAAGGUUUCUGAAAUAAGGCAUAUACUGAAUCGCGAUGUCGGGGCACCGGUCUAGUCUCCCGCUGCGGUUGCAGCAGAUCUUGUCGGGCGGGAGGUCCGUCUCGCCAGUCCUGAAAUUGGAGGCCGAGUCCCCACCUAAGGUUAAAGCUUUCAUUGAUAGGGUAAUUAAUAGCCCAUUACAUGAUAUAGCCAUCCCUCUUUCAGGCUUUCGAUGGGAGUACAAUAAGGGAAAUUUUCAUCAUUGGAGGCCACUUUUUAUGCAUUUUGACACAUACUUCAAGACAUAUCUUUCUUGCAGAAAAGACCUUCUCUUAUCUGACAAUAUGUUGGAGGAGGAUCCAUUUCCUAAACAUUCAGUUAUGCAGAUUUUAAGAGUCAUGCAAGUUAUUCUGGAAAAUUGUCACAACAAGAGUUCGUUUGGAGGUCUAGAGCAUUUCAAGCUUCUACUUGCAUCCACAGAUCCGGACAUUCUUAUAGCUACCUUAGAGACUCUUUCCGCUUUGGUGAAAAUAAAUCCAUCCAAGAUACAUUUGGGUGGUAAACUGAUUGGCUGUGACUCUAUGAAUAGCUAUCUUUUGUCUCUAGCACAAGGCUGGGGAAGCAAAGAAGAAGGCUUGGGUUUACAUUCAUGUAUAGUGGCAAAUGAGAGGAAUCAGAAUGAGGGAUUGUGCUUGUUUCCUUCUGAUGUUGGUGACAGAUGUGAUGGAACCCAACAUCGGUUGGGUUCAACUCUUCAUUUUGAAUAUGCCACUGCUUCAUUAGUUACUGAGUCUGUCAUUGAGGGAGUUAAAUCAUCCAACAUUUGUGUCAUAGAGAUGCCAGAUAUGCAUCAAAGGAAGGAUGAUGAUUUGAGCAUUUUGAAACAGUGUGUUGAAGAGUUUAAUGUACCUACUGAGCACAGAUUCUCAUUGCUUUCAAGAAUUAGGUAUGCACAUGCAUUCCGAUCUCCCAAAACCUUUAGGCUGUAUUGCAGGAUUAGCAUUCUUGCGUUCAUUGUUUUAGUACAGUCAAAUGAUGCUCAUGAUGAACUAACUUCUUUUUUUGCGAAUGAACCUGAGUAUACAAAUGAACUCAUCAAGCUUGUUCGUGCUGAAGAUUCUGUGCCAGGAACCUUGAGGGCAUUGGCUAUGCUUGCUUUAGGAGCUCAGUUAGCAGCAUAUGCAUCAUCUCAUGAACGAGCUAGAAUAUUGAGUGGUUCAAGCAUCAUAUCUGGAAGUGGGAAUCGCUUGAUGCUGCUAAAUGUGCUUCAGAAAACUAUUACAUCACUUAGCAACCCCAAUGAUCCUUCUACCCCUGUCUUUGUUGAUGCUCUUCUACAAUUCUUCUUACUUCAUGUUUUAUCUUCUUCAAGUUCUGGUAGUGCUGUAAGGGGCUCAGGAAUUGUUCCCCCUCUUCUACCUCUUUUACAAGAUUCUGAUCCGGCACAUAUACAUAUUGUCUCUUCUGCAGUUAAAACCUUGCAAAAGCUAAUGGAAUAUAGUACCCCUGCUGUUUCUCUAUUUAAAGAUUUAGGUGGGGUUGAACUUUUGGCUCAGAGACUACAGAUUGAAGUUUAUAGAAUCGUUGGCUCUGGGGAAGGUACUAGUGACGUAGUGAUCUCCACAGACACAGUAAAGUCUGAUGAAAAUCAUAUCUGCUUGCAGAAACAGCUUAUCAAGUGCUUGCUCAAGGCAUUGAGUUCUGCUACAUACUCUCCAGCAAAUGCUACAAGGAAUCAUUCCCACCAUAACUGCCUGCUUGCUUCUUUAUCCCUAAUAUUUAACAAUGCAAAUAUGUUUGGCGGGGACAUUUAUUUUGCAGCAGUAACUGUUAUGAAUGAAAUCAUUCACAAGGACCCAACAUGCUUCCCUGUUCUGAAUGAGUUUGCUGUCCCAGACUCUUUUUUAUCAUCAGUGACAUCUGGGAUUCUUCCUUCUUCAAAGGCACUCAUUUGUGUUCCUAAUGGUCUUGGUGCUAUCUGUCUUAAUGGCAAAGGAUUGGAGGCAGUGAAAGAAACUGCAGCACUGCAGUUCCUUGUUGAGACUUUCACGACAAGGAAAUAUUUGUUUGCAAUGAAUGAGGGUGUUGUUCUUCUGGCAAAUGCUGUUGAAGAGCUUCUUCGUCAUGUUUCUUCACUAAGAGGUAUUGGGGUUGAGAUAAUUAUUGAAAUUAUAAAAAAGCUUUCAUCUAUAGUGAGUGAUAAAUCCAAGGAAACCACAGUGGAUAUGGAUGAGAACACUGCCAUGGAAACUGAUUCUGAAGAAAAAGCUAAUGAGGGGCACGAUUUGGUUAGUGCUAUGGAUAUGGCCGCAGAAGGAACUAGUGAUGAGCAAUUUGAACAGUUGUGUAUCUUUCAUAUAAUGGUCUUAGUUCAUCGGACAAUGGAAAAUUCUGAAACUUGCAGAAUGUUUGUAGAGAAGGGGGGUAUAGAAGCAUUGUUAAAACUUCUUCAACGGCCUAGCAUCACACAGUCAACUGAUGCAAUGCCAAUUGCUUUGCACAUCACGGUGGUCUUCAAGGGUUUUACGCAGCAUCAUUCUGCACCACUUGCUCGUUCAUUUUCUUCCUCUCUUAGGGAGCACUUGAAGAAAUCUCUGGAUGAAUUCAGUUCAUUUUCUGCCCUGUCUUUGCAGGAUUCCAAGUCUAUGCAAGACAAUGGAGCAUUCUCGUCUCUUUUUGUUGUUGAAUUUCUCCUUUUCCUCACUGCUUCUAAAGAUAACCGCUGGAUUAGUGCAUUGCUCACUGAAUUUGGAGAUUCUAGCAGGGAUGUUCUAGAAGACAUUGGGCAUAUUCAUCGUGAAGUUCUGUGGCACAUUGCUCUCCUUGAAGAUUUAAAGACUGAAAAAGAUGAUGAUUCUUCUAAUGAUUUACAUGUAGACUCUGGUACAAUUGAUUCUGAAGAGCAACGUUAUAAUACUUUCAGGCAGUAUCUCGAUCCAUUAUUACGACGAAGAGUUCCUGGGUGGAGCAUAGAAUCUCAAAUUUCUGACCUAGUUAACAUAUAUCGGGAUCUUGGACGUGCUUCCACUGGUUUACAAAGACAUGGUAUAGAUGGUUAUUCAACAUUGAGAGCCACAUCCAGUUCCCGAUCCCAAUCUGCAAAUUCUUCAGAUAGCAGCACUGCUAGUAAGAUAGAAGAUGCCAAGCAGAGAUCUUAUUUUUCUUUAUGCCAUGACAUGAUGAAGUCACUUGUUUAUCAUAUCAACCAUCUCUUUAUGGAGCUAGGGAAAUCAAUGCUUCUCACUUUGCGUCGGGAGAACAAUCCCACAAAUGUUUCCCCUUCCAUUAUAUCUGUUGGUAACACAGUUUCUUCAAUUGUUUUAGGACAUUUGAAUUUUAGUGGGCAUUUGAGCUCUUCUUCAGAUAGUGAGAUUUCUGUAUCAACAAAAUGUCGAUAUCUUGGCAAAGUUAUUGAUUUUCUGAAUGGGAUUCUUUCAGAUAGGCCGGAAUCAUCCAAUCCCAUUAUGCUAAAAUGUUGUUUUGGAAAUGGUGUUAUUGAGGCCGUUUUAACCACUUUUGAAGCUACUAGUCAGUUGCUUUUUACAGUCAACAGGGUCUCUGCAGCUUCCCCGAUGGAAAUGGAUGAUAAAUGUUAUAAAGAAGACAAAGGAGACUCAGAUAAUUCAUGGAUAUAUGGGCCUUUGGCUAGCUAUGGUACACUGCUGAACCAUUUAGCCACAUCUUCUUUCAUCCUCUCCUCCUCAACAAAGCAGUUGCUCGAGCAACCAAUCACAAAUGGAACCAUUUUAUUUCCUCCAGAUGCAGAAGCAUUUGUCAGGCUGCUUCAAUCCAAGGUCUUAAAAGCUAUACUUCCCAUCUGGACUCAUCAUCAGUUUUCUGAUUGCAAUUUGGAGUUUGUUACUUCAAUGAUCUCCAUUGUGCGACAUAUUUAUAUUGGGAUUGAAGUCAGGAAUGCCAGUACCAGUGGAGCAUCUCAUUUAGUUGGUCCACCACCUGAUGAAUCAGCUAUAUCAUUGAUUGUAGAGAUGGGCUUUUCUCGUUCUAGAGCAGAAGAAGCACUGAGACAGGUUGGUACAAAUAGUGUUGAAAUUGCAACAGAUUGGCUAUUUUCACAUCCAGAAGAGCCGCAAGAAGAUGAUGAACUUGCUAGAGCUGUUGCCAUGUCCCUAGGGAAUUCAGACUCAUCGUUGAAGGUAGAUGGAAUUGCAAAUUCUAAUACCAUUGAUGAAGAUGAGGAAGUUGUCCAAUUGCCGCCAAUUGAUGAAAUCCUGUCGGUGUCCAUUAAUCUCCUGCAGGCGAAUGAACCUUUAGCCUUUCCUAUAAGGGAUCUUCUUGUUACAAUAUGCUCACAAAAUAAUGGUCAGCAUCGGCAUAAAGUCCUCUCUCAAAUCAUUGAUCAUGUCAACCAUUCUUGUGUAUCUUCAACUACAUUAAGUGAGAAUAUGUUAUCUGCACUUUUUCAUGUCCUUGCUCUACUUCUUCAUGAUGAUGUUAUGGCACGAGAAGUUGCAUACCAAGCUGGGCUUGUAAAGAUUGCCAUGGACCUGCUUUCUCGAUGGAAUCUUGACUCUCUAGAUGGUGUAGAACCUCAAGUUCCAAAGUGGGUAACUGCAUGUUUUCUUUCUGUCGAUCAGUUAUUGCAGGUGGAUCCUAAGAUGCCUCCAGGAAUAGUAAAUCUGGAACAAAUGAAAAAUGAUACUCUUAAUCCCCAGCAUUCACUUGUGAUUGAUGAGCAAAAAGAAAAGAAUUGUCAGUCUUGUCUAGCGUCAACUAUGGGAUUUUUGAACAUGGACCACCAGAAGAGGCUUCUGGAAAUAUGCUGCAGAUGUAUUCAGAAUCAGUUACCUUGUGAGAUAACACAUGUGGUGCUGCAGCUGAGCUCUAUGUUAACUAAGGUUCAUCCAGUUGCUGUUAGUUUUCUUGAGGCUGGAGGUUUACAAGCUUUACUUAGUUUACCUGCAAACAGCUUAUUUCCUGGGUACAGUAACGUGGCAGCUGUGAUUAUCCGCCACAUUUUGGAAGAUCCGAAUACUCUUCAACAAGCCAUGGAAUUAGAGAUACGCCAUAGCCUCAUUGCAGCAACAAGCAGACAUUCAAAUGCAAGAGUAUCACCAAGAACUUUUGUUCAAAAUUUGUCUAUUGUUAUUUCCAGGGACCCUGUGGUUUUUCUGAAAGCUGCACAAGCUGUAUGCAGAAUUGAAAUGUUAGGUGACAGACCUAAUGUAGUGCUAUUGAAAGAUCGUGAGAAGGAAAAGUCCAAGGCCAAGGACAAGGAGAAGAUAAUUGAGAAAGACAAAAUAGCUGCAAGUGAUGAAAAGACUACUGGGUUAGAUAUGGCAUCGGUGGUUCCUGGAAAUGGGCAUGGUAAGCUAUCAGAACCUUGUACAAAGAAUACCAAGGCUCAUCGCAAAACUCCACAGAGCUUUACUAGUGUAAUUGAAUACCUUUUGGAUCUGAUAGUGAAAUUUGUCCCUCCAGUCACAAAUUACCAAACUGAUGCAAGUCCUGCUAGCUCGUUAGUUUCAGAUAUGGAUAUUGACUCAACUUCAGCUAAAGGAAAAGAAAAAGUCACCGAUGUUUCAUCUAAAGAUGACAAAAUUAAUUCACAAGAGGCUUUGGUAUCUACUGCGAAAAUUGUUUUUAUUGUUAAGCUGUUGACGGAGAUACUUCUCACUUAUGCUUCAUCAAUUCAGGUGUUACUUCGAAGAGAUGCUGAACUCAGUAGUUCUCUUUCUAGGGGUUUAAAUGGAAGUGUCAGUGGGGGCAUCUUUCAUCAUAUUCUUCUGAAUUUUCUUCCUUACCCAGGAAUUUCCAAGAAAGAUAAAAAAACUGAAGGAGAUUGGAGGCAAAAGUUAGCUACCAGAGCAAGCCAAUUUUUGGUGGCAUCAUCUGUUCGUUCAACAGAAGGACGAAGAAGAAUUUUUUCUGAAAUAAGUAAUGUGUUCAAAGACUUUGUUGAUUCAUCUGGUCAUUGCAGGGCAUCUGAUUCACGUAUUCAUGCCUUUGUUGACCUACUUAAUGAUAUUCUUGCUGCUCGUUCACCAACUGGUUCAUAUAUUUCAGCAGAAGCAUCAGUUACUUUUAUUGAUCUUGGGCUUGUUCACUCUUUAAGUCAGGUUCUUCAAGUGCUAGACUUGGACCAUGCUGAUUCACCUAAGCUCAUCGCAGGAAUCAUUAAGGUAUUGGAGUUAGUGACAAAAGAACAUGUUCAUUCUGCUUACAUUAACACUGCAAAGGAGGACAACUCCCUGAAGCUGGCCACUAUUGAGCAUCAACUAGGUUCCUCUAAUGAUCAAGGGGAUAGGUUUGAGGCCUUGGAAACAAUGUCCCAACCUGAUCACACCGAAGAGGUUCCCAACCAAAGGCAAACAGCUGGUGUUGCCCAAACCUAUGGCAAUUCCAGUUCUGUGUUAGAUGAUAUGGACCAUGAUCGUGAAAUGAAUGGAGUUUUUUCUCAUGAAGCUGAAGAUGAUUUCAUGCACGAAGUAUCUGAAGAUGGUACAGGCAUGGAUAAUGGUGUUUCAAGUGUGGAAAUCAGAUUUGAAAUAUCACAAAAUGUAGAAGAUGAUAUGGGUGAUGAUGACGAGGAUGAAGAUAUGUCAGGGGAUGGAGAGGAAGUUGAUGACGAGGAGGAUGAUGAUGAAGAGAACAAUGAUUUGGAGGAGGAUGAAGUUCAUCAAAUCUCUCAUCCAGAUAUAGAUCAUGAUGACCAUGAGAUCGAUGACGAAGAGUUUGAUGAAGAUGUCUUGGAAGAAGAGGAUGAUGAUGAUGAAGAUGAUGAUGGUGUAAUACUCCGCUUAGAGGAAGGAAUCAGUGGAAUAAAUGUUUUCGAUCAAUUUGAAGUUCUUGGUAGUGACAAUUUUUCUGUAAUGCCUCUUGACAUAUUUGGCUCUAGACGUCAAGGACGUACAACAUCCAUUUAUAAUCUCCUUGGAAGAACCGGUGAUCACACUUCUCUUCAUCUUGAACAUCCAUUAUUGGGGGAGCCUUCUUCUUUUAGACAUUUAGUUCACCAGAGACAAUCAGAAAAUACAGUGGAUAUAGCUUUCUCAGAAAGAAAUCAGGAGAACACAUCAUACAGAAUGGAUGCUAUCUUCCGUACAUUGAGGAAUGGACGACAUGGACAUCGCUUCAGUAUGUGGUUGGAUGAUAAUCAUCAACGUGGUGCAUCUAAUGCUCCUGCAGUGCCUGAAGGGAUUGAAGAACUGCUUGUUUCCCAAUUGCGACAGCCUACGCCUGCACAAGACCAAAAUAUACAGACUAGUCUGCAAGGAAAACAUGAACCAAGCCAGUUGCAAACAUCAGAGGCUGAAGUUAGGGAUGAAAUAGAAGCAAGGGGUACUGAGAAUCAUGAGAAUAUUGUUAUCCCUUUACAAGCAAUAGAUGUCUCUCCUAAUACUGGCAUUGUAGCCACCAAUGGCGAUUCUAUUCAAGACACUGGAGUUUCUGGUGCAUGUGAACAAGUGACAGAGAUGCAGUAUGAAUGGGCUGAUGCUGUUGUCAGAGAUGUUGAAGCAGUGAGCCAAGCAAGCAGUGGCAGUGGGGCAACAAUAGGUGAAAGCCUUCGUAGUUUGGAAGUUGAAAUUGGGAGUGUUGAUGGGCAUGAUGAUGGAGACAGGCAAGGUCCUGUCGAUAGACUUCCUUUGGGUGAUUUACCGCCAGCAGCUAGGAUGAGAAGGUCAUCAGCAAACUCAAUCCCUGUUAGUGGUCGUGAUACAUCUCUGGAGAGUGUCAGUGAGAUUCCACAUCAGAAUGAAGAAACUGAUCGGGAUGCACUUCAGGUGGAACAACCAUCAGGCAAUGUUGAUACAAAUGCUAUAGACCCCACAUUUUUGGAGGCUCUUCCUGAGGAAUUGCGAGCUGAAGUACUUUCAUCACGGCAGAAUCAGGUUUCACAGGCUUCAAAUGAGCAGCCUCAAGCUGAUGGAGAUAUCGAUCCUGAAUUUCUUGCUGCACUUCCACCUGAUAUUAGGGAGGAGGUCUUAGCACAACAACGUGCUCAAAGACAACAAGAAUCACAACAACUAGAAGGCCAACCUGUUGAGAUGGAUGCUGUGUCUAUAAUUGCUACACUUCCUUCAGAUGUUCGAGAAGAGGUACUUUUAACCUCGCCUGAUACUUUGUUGGCCACACUAACCCCUGCACUUGUUGCCGAAGCAAAUAUGUUGCGUGAAAGGUUUGCCCAUCGUCAUCAUACUGGAGGACUCUUUGGCAUAAGUUCUAGAAGUCGACGCGGAGAGUCUUCUAGGCAUGGAGAUACUAUCGGGUCUACUCUGGACCGAAAUAUUGAGGCUUCUGCUCGCAGAUCUACAGUUGGAAAACUAAUUGAAACUGAUGGUGUUCCCCUAGUUGGCAUCAAUGAUCUAAAAGCAAUGAUCAGAUUGCUACGUAUAGUUCAGCCUUUGUAUAAAGGUCAACUACAGAGGCUUUUCUUGAAUCUAUGUACUCAUCACGAGACAAGAACUUAUUUGGUGGAAGUUUUAAUGGAUAUGCUAAUGUUGGAUCUACGGGGACCCACUAACACUUCAGUUGAAUACGCUGAAUCCCCGUUUAGGUUGUAUGGGUGUCAGAGUUAUGUCGCCUAUUCCCGUCCUCAAUUUUAUGGCGGAGUGCCUCCGUUAGUGUCUCGCCGUAUUUUGGAGACUCUGGCCUACUUAGCAAAAAAUCAUCCAAAUGUAUCCAAGCUCCUAUUGCAUCUUGUAUUACCAUGUUCACCUACAAGCGUACCUGAAGUAUCGGACAAGGGACACGGGAAAGCUGUUCUGAUGGAGGAAGAUAAAUCCGAGGUUAAAACAGGAGCUUUUGCUAUUGUGUUACUUCUUGGACUCUUGAAUCAACCAUUGUACAUGAGGAGUGUUUCUCAUCUGGAACAGUUGUUAAAUCUCAUUGAGGUUGUUAUUGAUUCUGGCCUGUCAAACAAACCUGAAGCACCAACUGAGCUACAAUCUGCUUCUGACAUUAUGCAAGACACACCAGUUAAUGCUGAUGCUGUUGUGUCUUCUGCUAAAGAGGAUAUUAAAUCAAAGAAAAGUGAGGAUUCUAAAAAGGCUUCUACUUCUGGUACAAACAACAAAAACAAUAUUAGUGAUAUUUUAUUGAGCAUUCCAGAAGGAGAGCUUAGACUUCUCUGCUCUUUGCUUGCACGUGAAGGAUUAUCUGAUAAUGCAUACAAUCUUGUUGCUGAGGUCUUAAAAAAAGUGGUGGCCAAUGCUCCAGCGUAUUGUCAUUUAUUUACUACAGAGCUGGUCAAUUCAGUGCGAAAUUUAAGUAUUUAUGCAAUUAAUGAACUUAACCUAUACGAGGAUGCUGAGAAAGCACUUCUCAGCUCAUCUUCUAUUAAUGGUACUGCAAUCUUGAGAGUUCUGCAGGCUUUGAGCUCUCUUAUUGCUGCAUUGCACGAAAAGAAGAACCCAGUUUCAUUCCCCGACAAAGACCAUAUUAAUGCUCUUUCUCAUGUAUGGGAUAUAAAUUCUGCACUUGAACCUUUGUGGCUAGAGUUGAGCAAUUGCAUAAGCAAAAUUGAGAUCUCUUCAGGACCUCCAUCAGAGCCUGAAUCUAUUUCAGGAAAUUUGGCAUCGACGAGUACAAUUGUAGUAUCACCACUCUCUGUUGGUGCCCAAAAUAUCUUGCCAUAUAUUGAGUCAUUCUUUGUGACAUGUGAAAAGUUGCGUCCUGGGCAAUAUGAAACUGUUCAAGAUUUUGCUACUACGGCAACUGACAUUGAAGAUGCAACUACACCAACUGCACAAAAAUCAUCUUGUGGUCCAUGUACAAGCACCCAUGAAAAACAGGUUGUUUUUGUUAGGUUUCUGGAGAGGCAUAGGAAGUUGUUAAAUUCAUUCAUUCGUCAGAAUCCUGGUUUGCUUGAGAAGUCAUUUUCUCUCAUGCUCAAAAUUCCACGAUACAUUGACUUUGACAAUAAACGGUCUCAUUUUCGAUCAAAAAUAAAACAUCAACAUGAUCAUCAUCACAGUCCUGUUAGAAUUUCAGUGAGAAGAGCCUACAUAUUGGAGGACUCAUAUAACCAAUUGCGAAUGCGCUCACCACAAGAUUUGAAGGGAAAAUUAACUGUCCAUUUUCAAGGUGAAGAAGGUAUUGAUGCCGGUGGACUUACCAGGGAAUGGUAUCAGUUGCUUUCUCGGGUAAUUUUUGAUAAGGGUGCCCUUCUUUUCACAACUGUUGGCAAUGAAUCAACAUUCCAGCCAAACCCCAAUUCAGUUUACCAGACGGAACAUCUUUCAUAUUUUAAGUUUGUUGGACGAGUGGUCAGUAAAGCACUCUUUGAUAGUCAGCUCCUUGAUGUCCAUUUUACAAGGUCAUUUUACAAACACAUUCUUGGUGUAAAGGUUACUUAUCAUGACAUUGAGGCUGUUGAUCCAGAUUACUAUAAAAAUCUGAAGUGGAUGCUUGAGAACGAUAUAAGUGAAGUAUUGGAUCUUACUUUCAGUAUGGAUGCUGAUGAGGAAAAACUGAUAUUGUAUGAAAAGGCUGAGGUAACUGAUUCUGAGUUGAUUCCUGGUGGGAGAAAUAUUCGAGUCACUGAAGAAAACAAACACGAAUAUGUUGAUCGUGUGGCUGAACAUUUGCUAACCACUGCAAUUAGGCCUCAAAUAAAUGCAUUUAUGGAAGGCUUUAAUGAGUUGAUACCCAGGGAUCUGAUAUCUAUUUUCAAUGAUAAAGAAUUAGAAUUAUUAAUAAGUGGACUUCCUGAUAUUGAUUUGGAUGACCUGAGAGCAAAUACUGAAUAUUCUGGCUAUAGCAAUGCAUCCCCUGUAAUUCAAUGGUUUUGGGAAGUCGUUCAGGGCUUCAGCAAAGAGGACAAGGCCCGAUUCCUUCAAUUUGUAACUGGCACCUCAAAGGUGCCUCUGGAAGGAUUUAGUGCACUUCAAGGAAUCUCAGGCUCUCAGCGGUUUCAGAUUCACAAGGCAUAUGGAACCCCGCACCAUCUGCCUUCAGCUCAUACUUGCUUCAACCAAUUGGACCUGCCUGAGUACACCUCAAAAGGACAGUUGCAGGAGAGGUUACUUCUAGCUAUCCAUGAAGCGAAUGAAGGGUUUGGCUUCGGUUGAGAGUGGGAAGGAAGGUGUGCACUUGUACAGAUAGGUGUAUUCGACAGGGUUUUAAAAGCCAACUCUCUCCUUGCCGAGGGUCUGAAGUGUGGUUGCUUGGUCGCACUUAUGGAAUAGGGACUUCCUCAAAUUGGAAUUCAACCAUGAAGUAGUCACCUUAUGAUUUGUGAGAGAAACCCCCAUAUAUGAUAUACCACUCUUACUCCAGGCUGAUGUUGCAGAUUGUGGAUGUGUCAGUCGUCCGAAUCCCCGUGACUGCAAAUCAAAUCGUCUUGUAUGGCGUCUCCUUUGCUAACUUUGUUUUUUUUUCCAUAUUAUUUUUUAGUACAACUUUUGUACUCAAAAAACAGCAAAGCUCUCGUGGAUAUUUGGAACAGAUUGUGAAUGGCAACAUCUUGUUAUUCAGUAAAAUGCAUCCUUUUCUUUUGAAUCA